UUCAUGCCUCGCGCACAAUGUCUCGCGACAAGGGCGUUUCACUAGCAUGUUUGGGCGCGUUGGGCGGCGUCCGGGUAUAAAAGACUCCGCCCGAGCAGGCAGCCGCCAUUCUGGGGUUCGUUUAGAGGUUUGAAUUUUCUCGGAGAAAGACAGGCCGGCCACGAGGAAAAAAACAAGCCGCAGCAACAUCUAAGCCCUUGAAAGGAUCCUGAGAGAGGGGGGAAAGGGAAAACCGCAGCCACCAGCCCAACCACUUGUGUCUUCUGCCCCUUCCCACCUAUCUUGCCCACCCCACCAGCCCACGCUGCAUGGGACUUGCAAUCUGUGGCCGAAGGACCGUCACCACAUAACUUCAAAAAUAAUCAACCACCCACCCUUCCCAAACCCACCCAAAUUCACUCAUCCAGCGUUUACUUUUUUGAAUCCACUCAGAACUUUUUUUCUACGAUCCCCCCUCCCUAAAUGGAGUUGGGUGGGGGGAAAAUGAAUACUGAGUUGGCCUUCGUUUUUUUAAGAGACUUUUUGAUCCAAUGAGGCCCCCCAAAUAAUUGAGUUUUGGGUCUUGGUUGGUUGUUUUAUUUUUUUUCUCCAAAAUUUGAGCCCCCUCCCCCCCUGAGCCCGAGGUGCUGACGUCGCAAAAAAAUUGGAUAGUAAGUGUCGAAUUUUCCAAAACCAGCCUUGCAACAAGAAAUCAACGUUUCCCGUUGUGAAACCAAAAAUAAUGAGAGGAAGAAAUGAGACAAUAGAACAAAAUAGAGAACUGGAGAAGGACCGAGCCGGUCACUUAAUCUCCAUUAAAAAAGGGCCUUUGGUCUAAACAGUCUUGUUCUCUCUCCCCUGCCACCUACCUUCCUGCCCUGCUGCAGGCAAGGAAAGGGUGGAGGGAGGGCCAGCAAGUGAGGAUUUUGAUGGUUAACCCUUGGUAAUCCAGCCAAUUUCCAGACUGCCAAAGCCAUAAGUGUUUGCUUUUUAUAAGGAGGAAUGGUUAACUUCCUCUUGUUAGCAGUCUUCAAAAGGGUUAAUGAGCUCACAUACAAAAGAUGGUGGAUCUUGUGGCCCAGAAGUCCCACUUCUUUGUGUGUGAGACAAGCAGGGCGCCUUUCAAUUUGCCAGAUUAAUAAGCAAUCUGUACAUAAAGAUUGCAGGGUAAGGAGAUGGGCAGAGAAAUAAUAGCUGGCUAUGACUUUAAAUGAUUGUUAAAUCCUCUCAAUUUUAAUGUAAUUUGCUUGGGAUAUAUUUGUGUGGUUAAAAUAGGUGGCAAUCUAGGAAUAAAGAUUGCAAGACACUUAAUUCAGUACAAAAAUAUAAUCUUAGUGCCAGUACAUACAAGCUAAUGGGGAGGUAAUGUUUUUAAUUGUUGCAGUUUGCGCAGGUUAUUUAAGAGGAAAAAAGUGAUUAACAUUUUAACUUGAUACGUUUUGGUGGGUGGGAAUACAGUCUAAUAGGGGGUGGAAAGGUUGGGAAAUGUGGAAUUCAGGAGUAUAAUUUUAAAAGCCAUUUAGUGCAAUUGAAUGCUAGCUUUCUAAAAGAUUUGUGUCGUUAAAAGGAAUUUUUUUCUUCCCUGCUUCAAUAUGGCGACUUUCCUUGUCCUUUUGUCUUCAAAGCGGUGUUGCAGGUUGUGUCUUGGCCCAUUUUUCUCCUGUCCUCCCACCUCAACCCUAUUUGUUGAGAGGGGUCCAAGUCCUCCCCCUUUCCCUUUAUAGGGAGGAUGGGGGUGGUCGAUGGUAGCAGGUUGAACCUCAAUUGCAAAUUCAAUUCUUCCCCACAGAAAAAUGUUCUUUUAAAUAUUUUAAUUGGUUUUAUUUUCACAACUCUUUUACUCAAAUUAGGUUAAAGACCAUUCAGGGUGGGUGGCUGGUUUGGGGUAUUUUACUGAGAAGGGUUGUUUUCUAAUGUAACUAGCUGCCGGCAGAGCCGGGAUAGCUUUUUUAAGUUUUCCUCUUCUCCAUUACAAAAUGGCGUCGUCCCUGCUUCUUUGUUGUUUUUUCUCCCCCUUUUGCCAUCCAGAGCUUAGGGCCGCCCUAGAAACUUGGUCAAGGGGGAGGAGCAGCAUGGAAAGGUGAUGUAAUCAGCUUUCUUCCUCUCCACCCUCUUGAAACUCCACCCCUGAGCAGAUGCUUUCUGGACUCCCUGUGCACGCUGCUGCUAGACAGGAAAAGACAUUUUCUGUAUUUUCUUUAGAGUAUCUUUUAUAUUCUUAAGAGGGAAGAGCUUAUAGGGAUUAGAUAGGGAUUAGGUCUUGAAGUUGUCCAUCUCCUGGGCAGCUCUAGUUUUUAUAUUUAACAAUCAAAGCCUGUUGCUUUUAUUUUCAUCUUCCUUCACUCAUCACAACAGCUUGGAAAUUUUCCCCGCUUCAGUUGCCAGGGGUGGAAAACCAGUCAAACCAACUAUACUUUAAGACUGGGAGCCUUCUGGUGGUGUGUGUGUGUGUGUGUGUGUGUGUGUGUGUGUGUGUGUGUGUGAGCUGUGUGCAUGUAUGUAUGUAGGUGUGGCGUGGUGUGGGGGAUACUGGGGAAAGGAGAACUUGUGGAAGUGACUUGGAUAGACAAGUGGGGCCUAAUACUGAAAUGUGCCCUUUCUGUCCAGGAACCAGUCCUUGGUCCUGCAUUUGGUCGCUUUGUAUAAUGAGACGGGGGAGGGUGGGUACCUGAGGACUUUUAAAUCACCCUUAUUCCCUUAUCCCACCUCUGGGUUUGGGGAUAAACUCUUUGUGUUCAGUGCUGUGUCACGUUCUCCAGUUGCUUAGCUCCUGUACAUUGGUACUAGGAUGAGAAGUGAAUAGGAAAGGAAGCGGCAGUUGUAAACUCAAGGCAGGGGGAUGCAAGCUACGGUGUCUGGUAAGCAAAACCUUUCUGGUAUUACAUUUCACAACCUUCAUUUCUUUUUUCCAAAGAGCCACCCUUUUUGAAUUUCUUUUUCCUUCCCUUUAGAAAGAAAUUCCUUAAAAACAUUAAUGGGAAAAUAAUGUCUUCAUUUUUCAACUUGUGCAGUGCUUUAGCAGUUGGUGCAUGUUCAAAGCCAUGCCCUAUCUGAGGGUGGUAUUGGGUAUCCUGUUCCUUAUCUAUCUUCCUCCAACUUUUUCAGUCAAAUCUUUGUCCAACUCUCCAUAUACUUUUCAUUUUUUAAAGUCCUGCCUUGAAGCGUGGAGUUUCUAGGCAAAAUUGGAAAGCCCUUUUGAACAGCUGUCCUGUGGUGACUUGGUGAGACUUCAGGGCUAAUUUUCUGUUGGGUACUGAUUCUCCAAUUAGUGCUUAAACUUCUGGAUUGGGUGGGAGGGACUCUUCCACAUGUCUAUUGACCACAAGUUUUUUAUCUUUUAAGCAGUUUGCCAUGUGCCUCUGCAGCAUACCUUCCUUGGGAGCUGAACAUUCUACCCAUUGGGGUUCCUGAUCUCUAGUGAACAGGGGAUUAAUAAAGAAGAUCUUCCUUAACAUGGGAAAUAGGGAAACCACAUCCAUCCAGAGAACCUUGGAGAACCUGAUCCUUGUAGUUUGUGGCCAGAGUUAUUUUCUGGGAUACUUUGCUGGCAGGUGGGGGGUGAUUUUACAUCCUUACUGAAAGGCAAAUAAGGUUUCCGGGAGAUCACUGUAUCAGGUUUUCAAAAGAAGUUUAAGGGGUAGGGGCUUAUGCUUAGGAGAGGUAAGACCUUGUACAUCACCCAAGAGACCUAAUUCAGUUCACUGAGUCCUAUUAGGAAAUACCUCAAACACCAAGGAAAGGAAGGGUGGGGGGAGUGUAAGAGGUCAGGUACAAAACAUUUUCAUUUCCAGAAGUGCUAAGACUUCUCUAAGUCAAGGUAAACUCAGACUCCUUCCUUGUUAUGAGUGUUGUGAUUGUCUUUAGAAGGGCUCUGAUUUGCAUAGGGUUUUUGUCCUGAACCAAUUAAGUUCUUUUUUCUUGGUGAUGGGUAUGGAAUAAUUUUCGCCAAGCUAGAUAUUUUUCACCUUGUUAACUGAGUAACCCUCAAGGAAAACUCAUUUCAGAGGCAGGAGUUGGUGUCACUUAAGGACUUUUUAAGUUUCUGGUAAGAAAGGUAGAAAACUUCCCAGUGCCUUGUGUCAGUAGUGCUCAUCUCUGCUUGCAAAUAUCCUCCAUAAGAAGGAAUGCACAACUUAGGAGAAGGUGGAGAUAAGGCUGGGGUUAUUUCCCUCUCCCCGCCUCUUAUUCUGUAUGUUCUAUCUUGGAGGAAAUUAACAUGUCAUGCCCUAGAUUAUUUUUGGUUCCAGAAAGCUUCCUCAAGCAUUCAUUCCAAGCUCCAGAUAUGGCUAGGUAAUGUUGACACUUAGUUAUUGUCCCUCCUUCCCUGUUCAACUCCUUUGCCUUUUCCACUGUAGGCCUGUGCCAGGAAUUUAGGCUCUUCAUUUCUUUCCACUUGAGUGCCUUGUAGCUUCUUUCAGAAUGUACUGACUUUGAAGUAAGGAAAUUUGGUUGUAAGACAUUUGGAGUCCUUAAUUUUAGUGAAAACUAAUUUGCCUAUAGGAAAACCAUGAGAAAACCCAUUUACAUAUUCUCACAAUUGGCACUUAGGAGACAAAACUUAGUUUUUGUUAAUUAUACUUCCAAAUUAUAAACAGGAAUAACAAUGGUGGAAACCUAAUAUUUACUAUAUCUGCUUUGUCUUCUAGCUUCCCCUGAUUAUUCUUGCUUUUUAUGAAUGGGAAUGAAAAAGUUGUCCCUGGUUCCCAUUUCCAGCAGAAGGCACUGGACAGAAUUUAGCUUUGCACUCAUUGAUCUCUUUCCUGGGGAUGGUUAUUCUUUUCUCUCUCACCCUCUUAAGUGAAGGAACAUUUGAGCUCAGGUGACACUUUUUUUGUUUCUGAAGGAAGUAGGGGGAGCAGUCCUGUUGAUUUAGCUCGGACUUGGAUAUGCCAAAGGUAGUUCUCCAAGGCGAUGUAUAGCCUACUCUUGGUUUGAAUCAUUGGGAUCAGCUGUAUUUGGCUGGAAGGGGUGUGGGGGGGGGGGUAGGUAGCACUGGUUUAAAGUGUUACUUAAUUGAAGGCUUUUGUCAAAUUGUGUAUAUUUUGGUUGAUGAUAUGUAUUACUUUGGAUUCACUCAUUGCUUUUUUAGUCCCCAACAAAUGGGAAGUCGGUUUAUAUAUCCCAUUGUGUCUGUGUAUCUCUUGGUAUAGUAGUGUCUAUGGAUCACUUUAUAUGGUGUCUUACUACAUGGGAAAAAAUGCCUUUAUCUCCAUGUCUGCCUCUAAGAAUCAUCACAUUUCAGUGGAUUUGGCUCAUGGGCUUCUAAUCUUAUCCAGUAUUCUACUUCAGUGUUUUUUUCUCUGACCUCAGGUUCUACCUGUCUUUGUGGAGGUUCCAGGGCAGCAACAACAACAGCACAGUUAACCCAGAGUUGCUCACCUCUCGGAAUUUCUUACCUUAUCUCCUCUCUAUUCAGCCCACAGGUUAUGAUCUCAAGAACCAGCCUCUUCCCUGCUUCUGCUGCUUCUUCCUUAGGUUGUUAGGACCUAUCUUAUUUAGAAAUUUGUUGGCCUUUUUGUUGAGAGGACUAAAAGGUUGAGAUUGUUAUGCUUUUUGAUUUGUCUGAGAACAUAUAGAAUGACUUUAUGUUAUUUUAUAAGAAACUUGUUCUCUUUCCUGCACAAAGUUCAGUCAUCGUUGUAAAACACUGAUUUUCCCACCCUUCUACCUAGAUUCUGUCUGUUAUCUGUGCUAGAAGCAGGAGGCAAGAAGUUGUUCUUGCCUCCUUUCUACCCAAUGUUAACCUUAUAUUCCAAAUGCAAGUAUUACUGAGGUGGCUUUCUUUUUUGGUUCUCAGAAGUUGAUAUUUAGAGGUAUUGUGGAUAAAAAUCCCAAUCAGAGCCACAUUGAUUCAAGAUUAUCUUGGGUUCUGGCCUAGAAAUUGCUUCACAUUUCAUCCCAUAACAGAGUUUAGCUUUUAAUGAGCUCCUUUUCUAACCUGAUCUAAAGUAGCUACUUAAGAAUUUAAUGGCAUUUUUCCAGCUUCUAGCUCUACUCCAUUCUUUUUGCCUCUGUGGUUUCUAAUUUCAGGCCUUUCUUGAAGAUCUUGGAUGGUGGUGUGAUUUUGGAGAGGAGUAGUGCUCAGAUUUGUGUCUUUGCUUUUGAAAUCACAAAGCAGUCUUUCUCUUGACUUUAAAACAAUAAAAACAUGUACAGUAUUUGGUUAAUGAAUGACAGUUCUAUUCAAGACUGAGGAGUGCCAGCUUGAUAUCUUUUAUGUCCAUUUGUCUCCAUUUCUGGGAGCUCCCCUCAACUCUCUUGAGGGAAAGGUUGUGUUGUCAAGUUUUAUAUCACCUGCCAUUUUAGCUGAUUUUCUCCUGAUGCAAGCAGAGCUCAUCCUACCACUUGAGGUGAUUAUGGCUAAAUAAGACUAAGAUAAAAAGGAACCGACUAAUCUUAGAAGACAUUUAGCCCUGUCCAAGAUUUGCCCAGUUCUUAUCAAACUACAGGUUUUUUUCAGGACAAAUUUAUCAGCUGCUAAGUAGAAACAGGAACAAACUAAGCAAAAAUGCCUUGGAAUGUUGAGUGUUUUGUUAAGGCACUUGUUUUUUAGCUGUAAUACAAUUUAGUGAAGUUAGCUAUCUAGAAAGGAUGUAACUGGGAGGAAGAGAGAAAGGUGUACUGCCCAGUCCAUUGUCUUCCCAUUCAGUCCUGUAUUAGUACCAUGCUUAACUUGCCAGGGCUUUUUUUCUCAGUGGUGUGAUGGUCUGUGUUGAUUUUUUCAUAUCUAGAAAAUGGUGAGAGUAGUUGAAUAUAGAUUGAAUAAUUAGUCACAGAAUUUUGUCACAUAUAGAAGUGGAAGUUAUUAGAGGGCAUAGUGGGACUGUCCUUGCCACCCACUUAUUCUGUGGGUUUGCUUUGUCCUUGUCUUAGAAACCUCGAUCAUGGGUUCGGGUCCCAUAGAUCCCAAAGAGCUUCUCAAGGGCCUGGAUAGCUUCCUUAACCGAGAUGGGGAAGUCAAGAGUGUGGAUGGCAUUUCCAAGAUCUUCAGUCUUAUGAAGGAAGCACGAAAGAUGGUGAGUCGAUGCACUUACUUGAACAUUCUCCUGCAGACCCAGUCACCAGAAAUAUUGGUCAAGUUUAUUGAUGUUGGUGGCUACAAGCUUCUUAACAAUUGGCUGACCUAUUCAAAGACAACCAACAACAUUCCCCUCUUGCAGCAAAUUCUGCUGACCCUGCAGCACCUACCACUCACUGUGGACCACCUCAAGCAGAACAACACGGCCAAACUGGUGAAGCAACUGAGCAAGUCAAGUGAGGAUGAAGAGCUCCGGAAAUUGGCUUCAGUCCUUGUCAGUGACUGGAUGGCUGUCAUCCGCUCCCAGAGCAGUACCCAGCCUGCUGAGAAAGAUAAAAAAAAACGUAAAGAAGAGGGGAAGAGUCGAACCACCCCUCCUGAGCGACCCUUGACUGAGGUGAAGGCUGAGACCCGCGCUGAGGAGGCCCCAGAGAAGAAGAAGGAGAAGCCCAAGUCUCUCCGAACCACAGCACCCAGUCAUGCCAAGUUCCGUUCCACUGGGCUAGAGCUGGAGACCCCAUCUUUGGUGCCUGUGAAGAAGAAUGCCAGUGCAGUGGUGGUUUCUGACAAGUACAACCUUAAACCCAUCCCCCUCAAGCGUCAGAGCACCACAGUUGCUCCAGGAGAUGCUGCCCCUCCUGCAGAGAAGAAAUACAAGCCACUGAACACCACACCAAAUGCCACCAAAGAGAUCAAAGUGAAGAUCAUCCCACCACAGCCUAUGGAAGGCCUGGGCUUUCUGGAUGCGCUCAAUUCAGCCCCUGUUCCAGGCAUCAAAAUUAAGAAGAAGAAGAAGGUGUUGUCACCUACAGCUGCCAAGCCAAGCCCGUUUGAAGGGAAAACGAGCACAGAACCAAGCACAGCCAAGCCUUCUUCCCCAGAACCAGCACCUCCUUGUGAGCCUAUGGACACAGACCGCCCAGGAACCCCAGUUCCCCCUGUUGAAGUCCCAGAGCUCAUGGAUACAGCUUCUUUAGAGCCAGGAGCACUGGAUGCAAAGCCAGUGGAGAGUCCUGGAGAUCCUAGCCAGCUGACCCGGAAAGGCAGGAAGAGGAAGACUGUGACAUGGCCUGAGGAGGGCAAACUGAGGGAAUAUUUCUAUUUUGAACUGGAUGAAACUGAACGAGUAAAUGUGAAUAAGAUCAAGGACUUUGGUGAGGCAGCUAAACGAGAGAUACUGUCAGACCGACAUGCAUUUGAGACGGCCCGUCGUCUGAGCCAUGACAAUAUGGAGGAGAAGGUUCCCUGGGUGUGCCCGCGACCCCUGGUUCUACCCUCACCUCUUGUCACCCCUGGAAGCAAUAGCCAGGAGCGAUACAUCCAGGCUGAGAGGGAGAAAGGAAUCCUUCAGGAGCUCUUCCUGAACAAGGAAAGUCCUCAUGAGCCUGAUCCUGAGCCCUAUGAUCCUGUACCCCCGAAGCUCAUCCCCCUAGAUGAGGAGUGUUCUAUGGAUGAGACCCCAUAUAUUGAGACCCUGGAGCCCGGGGGAGCUGGUGGCUCACCUGAUGGGGCAGGUGGCUCCAAGUUGCCUCCUGUCCUGGCCAAUCUCAUGGGAAGCAUGGGUGCUGGAAAGAGCCCCCAGGGUCCUGGAGGAGGGGGCAUCAAUGUCCAAGAGAUCCUCACCUCCAUCAUGGGUAGCCCAAAUAGUCAUCCCUCAGAGGAACUGCUAAAGCAACCAGACUAUUCAGACAAGAUCAAGCAGAUGCUGGUGCCACAUGGAUUAUUAGGCCCUGGUCCAAUAGCCAAUGGUUUCCCACCAGGAGGCCCUGGUGGCCCCAAGGCCAUGCAGCACUUCCCCCCUGGACCUGGGGGACCUAUGCCAGGUCCUCACGGAGGCCCCGGUGGGCCAGUGGGUCCACGUCUCUUGGGUCCCCCACCCCCUCCACGAGGGGGUGAUCCCUUCUGGGAUGGCCCGGGUGACCCCAUGCGGGGUGGCCCAAUGCGGGGGGGUCCAGGACCAGGUCCUGGACCGUACCAUAGAGGCCGUGGUGGCCGAGGAGGAAAUGAACCUCCUCCUCCUCCUCCCUUCCGAGGGGCCAGAGGAGGUCGCUCUGGAGGAGGACCCCCAAAUGGAAGAGGGGGCCCUGGUGGGGGCAUGGUUGGAGGUGGUGGGCAUCGUCCUCAUGAAGGCCCUGGUGGGGGCAUGAGCAGCAGCAGUGGCCAUCGUCCCCAUGAAGGCCCUGGCAGUGUCAUGGGUGGUGGGCAUCGCCCCCACGAAGGCCCUGGUGGUAGCAUGGGUGGAGGUGGGGGACAUCGUCCCCAUGAAGGCCCUGGCGGUGGCAUGGGCAGUGGCAGUGGACAUCGUCCCCAUGAAGGCCCUGGCAGUGGCAUGGGCGGAGGCAGUGGACAUCGUCCCCAUGAAGGCCCUGGUGGAGGCAUGGGUGCUGGUGGCGGACAUCGCCCCCAUGAAGGCCCUGGUGGGAGCAUGGGUGGAAGCAGUGGACAUCGCCCCCAUGAAGGUCCUGGACAUGGAGGGCCCCAUGGCCACCGGCCUCAUGAUGUCCCUGGUCACCGAGGCCAUGACCAUCGAGGGCCACCGCCUCAUGAGCACCGUGGCCAUGAUGGCCCUGGCCAUGGAGGAGGGGGCCACCGAGGGCAUGAUGGAGGCCACAGCCAUGGAGGAGACAUGUCAAACCGCCCUGUUUGCCGACAUUUCAUGAUGAAGGGCAACUGCCGCUAUGAGAACAACUGUGCCUUCUACCACCCGGGUGUCAACGGGCCCCCCCUGCCCUAGGGACCACCUCCUCUGCCCCACCCACACACACCCCUGUGGACUGCAGCCUUGCUCCUUCUACCCUGUUAUGGCUUCUGUGAGGCCCACUUUUCCCCUUUCCCCAGCUGAUGAGGAGCCGGCCCCCUCAGUUCCCACCUGCUUGGGUUUCUGGGGGUUUUCGAUCACUGGUGCGUAUUGAUGUACAUAUUUUCCUCCAGUCUGGGGAGGAGAGACUGGAUACAUUCUGUACCCUGGACUGCUGAAGAGAAGACCCAGUUGGCUUCAUUUUUUGAGAUUUGCCCUAUAACCCCAAAUCCCUUUCCAGUAUUGCCCUUAAUGCCUGAGAACCUAAAGCUGGUUAUCCUGGAGAACACCUCUACUCUCCUAUUGUGGGUCCUCCACAUGCACACAGAACUGACAUGGGAUCAGCUGCACUUAUGAAAUCAUCCCAGCCAAGUUCAUUAUUCCUCAUGGGGAUGGGGAGAUGGUAAAAGGGGUAUUAUAUAUCCCACUGCACUGAGAGGGCUCAAUUAGGCUGGAUUUGAGUUCUGGAAAAUAUCAUCCCCACUUCUGCCCUGACACAGGCUUUACAUUAAGUCCUUUCUCAAGACUUUGCAACCUUCUGUGAACACCCAAGUCUGCAUCAUGGGUCUGUUAGGUUCAGUGAUGGCCAAUUCACAUCUGCAUCCAGUGGAAGUUUUAGCUGGUAUAGGUGAGGCUGCUGGUGUUGGUCCACCCUUGCCUACAACUCAUUCUGGAAACUUUGUAAAACACUUCAGUGAGACCAGCUUUUCAUCAACUUGCCCAGCACGCUGGGCCUGACAGUCACACUACAUGCACUGCCUUCAGGAGUUGGCGCACUCUUUGCCCCCACCAGGAACCUUGUUGGUGUGAGGCCUCUGGCUCCCUUGCCCUGUCAGCCACCUCUGAAUCCCACCAGGUGCCUUCCUGGGUGGGUGCAACAAGCUGACUUGCCCUUCCCCAGCCCUCUCCUUCACAUGUCUCGGCAUCAGUUGUUUUCUGUGAAAACAGUGGAUUGGUUGGCUUUUGUGCAGGGUCUUGGGUUAGAGCCACAAUGGAUUUGAGGGAUGAGAUUUUCUUUUUUCUUUUGGUUUUGUAUAUUUUGUACAUUAAUAAUAAACAGUGGAAAGAGAAGCAGCUUAUUUAA